AUGGCGCAGCCGCAGCAGCCGCCGACCCUAUUCGACCAAAUGGUGACGAUGCUGGAGUCGGUCUUCCCGCGCGCGGAGGGAUACAUCUACCUGCGCGGCUGGUCGACCAACGCCUUGGACGCGAACCUGAUCCUGAACGAGUUCCUCCAGAUCUCGACUCCGGGCUCCGGGAACUUCUUCACGAUGAUCGGGGACCCCCAUCCGGGGGUACCGGCCGAGGCCGUGCCGGGGCGCAUGCGCUUCUUGCAUCUCCAGAGUCUGGUCCCGACCUCGGCGGGCCGCACCCAGGAUUUCAAGGGGAUCGUGGUCGUCAACGGCCAGUGCCGAUUCUACGCCAUCUACCGCGACCGUGAACCGAAGCGCCUGCGCGCAGACCCCAUGGCCCAACAUACUCCCGUGAAUGGCCAGUGGCAGGGCCACGCGUUUGAUCGUGCGCUGGAAGCGUCUCAGAUCCUCCAUCUCUUGCUGCAUUUCAAGCAGCUGUGUCGCCAGAAUCCGCUUUGGGCCCCGCCGUCUUGA